GCCCCAUCUCUGAACCGCCGGUCCUCAGCGCUGGCACUGCCCGCCUGGCGCCGGCCGCGGCGGCGCCGCCCGCGCGCCUCCGCGGCGCCGUGGAGCCUCGGGCCCCUGGGGCGGCGCCGGGCGCAGCGGGCCGCGGGGUGCCGGCCGUGGCCGGCGCGUGCGCGGUGGCCGCGCCGUUGCUCCUGGCGAGCUCCUCGCGGAGAGGCCGCCGUGCCGCAGCCCGCGCCGCCGCAGCGCCGAGGAGGGGCGGCGCCGAGCGGCUGGAGGGGCUGGCCCAGGAGCUGCUUGCGCGGCGGGGGCGCGCGGACGCGGCCUUCGCGCACCGCGUGCAGUCGGCGGCGGCCGAGGAGCUUCGCAGCAGUCGGCAGCACGGUCCCUCCGCCGAGCAGGCCCUCGCGGCAGCGGCGGCGGGCGCAGGCGCUGCCGAGAAGUGGGCGCGUUGGUGCGCCAGUGCGCUGGCGUCGACGUUGCUGGCACUGACGGUGAACCUGCAGCCUGCGAGCGCUUUCGACCAGGUGACCUACACGGAUUUCCUCGAGCAGGUCAGCGCUGGCAACGUCGAGAUGGUCCGCGUCCAGAAGGACAUGCUAGGAGCGCAGUACACCUCCAAGGACGGCUCGCGUCAUGAGCUGACACUGGUGCCAAACAUGGAGGUGCAGGAUCGGCUCUUUAACCAGCUCGCGGAUAACAAGGUCGACGUUGUGAUGCAGAACGUCAACGCCGACACCGGCAGCCCCUUCGAGCUCCUGGCGCGAUUUGCUGGUCCCAUCGCGUGGCUCAUCGCCGGCUUGCUGCUGCUUUUUGGCGGCACCGGCGCCGGCGGACCAGCUGGAGGCAUGGGCGGCCAGAACCCUUUCCAGUUGGGCAAAUCUCCCGCCAAGAUCAUCAAGGACGGCGACACUAAGGUGAAGUUCCCCGACGUGGCCGGCUGUGACCAGGCCAAAGAGGAGCUCGUGGAGGUGGUUGAUUUUCUCAAGAACACUUCUCGCUACGCCGAGCUCGGCGCCAAGAUUCCGAAGGGCGCGCUGCUGGUCGGCCCGCCAGGCACUGGAAAGACGCUGCUCGCGAAGGCUGUCGCAGGCGAGGCGGGCGUACCGUUCUUCAGCGUGUCGGCCGCCGAGUUUGUCGAAGUCUACGCCGGCAUCGGCGCCUCCCGUGUCCGCGACCUCUUCGCCGACGCGAAGAAGAGUGCGCCGUGCAUCAUCUUCAUCGAUGAGAUCGACGCCGUGGGGCGCCAGCGCAGCGCAGGCUUCGGGCAGGGCAACGACGAGCGGGAGCAGACGGUGAACCAGCUUCUCACCGAGAUGGACGGUUUCGAGGCCAACAACGGCGUCGUCGUUCUCGCGGCGACCAACCGAGCCGACGUGCUGGACAACGCUCUGACCCGCCCGGGCCGCUUCGACCGCAAGAUCCAGGUCGACCCCCCAGAUGUGGAGGGCCGAGCCGCCAUCCUCAGAGUGCACGCCAAGGACAAGUCGUUGGCGCCGUCGGUCGACCUGGGCAUGAUCGCGCGCCAGACGCCCGGCAUGUCUGGCGCCGACCUGGCCAACCUGCUGAACGAGGGGGCCAUCUUGGCCGCCAGGCGCAACGCCUCCGAGAUCGAGCAGGACGACGUCUCGAGCGCCCUAGAGCGCAUCCAGAUCGGCCUCGAGAAGAAGGACGGAGUCAUGUCAGAGAAGAAGAGGCGCCUAGUGGCCUACCACGAGGCGGGCCACGCCAUCCUCGGUGCCCUGAUGCAAGACUACGACCUGGUGGCCAAGAUCAGCAUCGUGCCCCGAGGCCCCGCUGGCGGUGUGACGAUCUUCAUGCCGACGGAGGACCGCCUGAACUCGGGGCUCUACUCCAAGGAGUUCUUGGAGAACCGCAUGUGCGUCGCACUCGGCGGUCGCAUCGCGGAGGAGAUCAUCAACGGCAAGGACAACGUCACCACAGGUGCCUCGAACGACUUCCAGCAGUGCACCCAGGUGGCCCAGGCCAUGGUCGCCCAGCUGGGCAUGUCCGACGCAGUCGGCCAGCGGGUAGUUGGCGGGCAGGACCAGGGCAACCCGCUCAUGGGCGGAGGCAGGGCCCCCCCUGUCUCGCAGACCCUCCGCGAGACCGUGGACCGCGAGGUGAAGAGCAUCGUGGAUCAGCAGUACGAGCGCGGCAUGAAGCUCAUCAGGUCCAACAUGUACCUCCUCGACUCGCUGGCAGCUCUGCUGCUCGAGAAGGAGAAGGUCGGCGGCGAGGAGCUCAGCAAGCUCAUCAACCGGGCCGCGGCCGCGGGCAAGCUCGCGACGAGCGACCAGGUGAUGGCCGUGGCGGCCUCCGCUGGCGAGGUGGCGCCCCCCGGGGAGCCGUGA